GAGACGACACGCCCAGACCUCUCUGAACCAGAUGUCCGAGGACUCUGACUUGUUGCGGCUUCGCUGGGAAAGGAACUCACAGCGAGUGUUUAAUGUGGAGCGCCAUGUUAAAGUCAACAAACUUGAAGGGCGCUGGAGGUGUGUUUACAAUCUCUCCCCCACCAAGCGAGAAGGUGCUACCG